AUGGCAUUAUUCAACAGCAACAAUGCCUCAUCUCGUCGUCCGAUUUCUCGAUCUGUCGGAAAUGCUUCGAUCGUUUGGAUGUGCUCAAGUGUGCAGGAUUGCCAACAAUUAAUCACAGAAUUACAAACAAUUGUUAAUUCCGUUAAAUUAUUUUCUCUUGCCGAUGAAUGCGUCGGUUUCAUCACCGAAACUAAAGAUCAAAAGCUGUUUUUGAUCAUUUUCGGUUGCUAUGAUGAGAUUCUCAUAUCAAGUAUUCAUCAUUUGACUCAACUUGACUCCAUCUAUAUCUUUUCUGAUGAGUCAAUUGGUAACAGUGAUUGGCCAACUAGAUGGAUGAAAUUCAAAGGCAUUUUCACUGAUAUAUGCUCACUUCAAAAUCAAUUGAAACGAAAUAUCAGACAAAUGGAACGAAGUUUAACACCAAUAAGUUGUAUUCCUGCAUCAUCUUCCCCUAAUCUCGAUGAACUUCAACCGUCAUUCAUGUAUUCGCAAAUGUUAAAGGAAGUUUUACUGAACAUGGAGCACGAUGAAAAAACCAAAACAACAUUAAUUGAAUAUUGCCGUGUACAAUACGCUGGAAACCAUGUUCAAUUAAGUAUAAUUAAUCAGUUCGAAUGUGAUUAUAAUAAACAUACACCUAUUUGA